AUGUGUCGCGAGAUCUUCAGUACGUUUGGAAUACCGUCAGUACUGGUGAGCGACAAUGGCGUCCAGUUUACUCCGGAGGUUUUCCAGCGGUUCCUGAAGAUGAACGGUGUAGUCCACAAAAUGGGAGCGCCAUAUCAUCCGGAAACGAAUGGACAGGCCGAGCGAUACGUCCAGACGUUCAAGCAGAAAUUGAAGGCGUUGAAGUGUGUCAAUUCUCAGCUGAACUUGGAGCUUACGUACCGCAAGAUGAUUCAUCCGUCUACCGGGAAAUCACCGUCAUUGCUCGGUCAACAGAUUCGAUCGAAGACCGACUUGCUGCUACCGAAGAAUGAAACUUCAAGCAAAGCUGAUAUUGUUGUGCGUCAGUUCUUGGAUGGUGAUCGAGUUCGUGUUCGCGAUUUCUUGUCGAGUAUGUAG